AUGACAGGAAGGCUACGUCGCGGGGUCAAGUUCCCGUACAAGCACAAUGGCCAAUCCGAGGCCCGCCGCGGCAGUUUUAGCGAAGCCAGCGAGGAGGGUUCGUCGCGGGCCGAUGCGAUCGAGAGCCUCGAUGAGCUCUCGAAGCCCGCCAAAGUCGAGGACCCCAAGACCGAGUACGAGAAGAAGAAGGCCAACUUCAUCACACGCACUUUCUGGACCUUCAUCAUGAUUGGUGGUUUUUUCGCCGCCCUCUUUAUGGGUCAUGUUUACGUGCUGGCCAUCAUCACAGCUGUUCAGAUCGUCUCUUUCAAGGAGGUCAUUUCCAUUUCCAACCUGUCGAGCAAGGCCCGCGACCUGCGCUCGACCAAGAGUCUCAACUGGUACUGGCUGGCCACAACCAUGUACUUCUUGUAUGGCGAGAGCGUCAUCUACUAUCUGAAGCAUAUCGUUCUGCCGUACUCUACUGACUCUCCAGGCUUUGUCUUCUUCGUUGGCUCCCUUAAGGCCGGGCACCUCAAGUUCCAGUUCUCUCAGUUCGCCUGGACGCACAUGGCUCUUUUCCUCAUCGUCGUGCAGGCGCACUUCAUCAUGAAUAACGUGCUCGAGGGCCUGAUCUGGUUCUUCCUGCCGGCCGCGCUGGUCAUCACUAAUGACAUCUUCGCCUACAUCUGCGGCAUCACUUUCGGUCGCACCCAGCUGAUCAAGCUGUCCCCCAAGAAGACAGUCGAGGGCUUCGUCGGCGCCUGGAUCAUGACCAUCCUCUUCGGCAUCGUCCUGACCAACCUGCUGCUGCGCUCCAAGUACUUUAUCUGCCCAGCAACGAACCUUGGCGCCAACAUCUUCACCGGCCUUGAGUGCGAGCCCAACCCAGUGUUCAUCCCCCGUACCUACACAACGCCCGAGCUGUUUUUCCUCCCCCCCAACUACUCCAUCAGCGUGACCAUCGCUCCGAUGCAGUUCCACGCUUUCUUCUGGGCCAGCUUCGCGUCGCUGAUUGCCCCCUUCGGCGGCUUCUUUGCCUCAGGCCUCAAGCGCACAUUCAAGAUCAAAGACUUUGGCGACUCGAUCCCUGGCCAUGGUGGCAUGACAGAUCGUAUGGACUGCCAGUUUAUCAUGGGCUUGUUUGCCUACAUCUAUUACCACACAUUUAUUGCGUUUAAACGGUCGUCGGUCAGUCAUGUUAUGGAGCUGGCGAUUAUGGAGUUGACGGCCGACGAGCAGAUGGAGGUGAUCAAGGGUGUGCUCAAGUAUCUGUCGAACCAGGGUAUCGUUAAGUCCGAUACCCCGGCGGCAUUCGAAAAGCUGCUCUCUUCAGCUAAACAACUAUGA